AUGAUAUCUCUAGAAGAAUUUGAAUCACAAUUAAUUCAAAUAAAUACAAACAAUUAUCUCCAAGAAUUAUCAUUAUGUCAAAGUAUACAAAUUACACAAACAAGAAUUCAUAUCAUUACUGAUGUUCCAGUGCAUUUAGUUUCCAAGAAUGAUCAAUUAAAUUCAUUAGAAUUUAAUGUAAUUUAUUCACAAAUAUAUCAAGAACCAUUAUUAUUAUUUCGAAUAUGGAAAGUGGAGGUUGAUUCUGAGUUUGGAUGUACAAUGAAGACUAUUCACAUUGAUAAUGAAAUUGAGAAACUGAUUUUCCCUGAAACACUUGAUGAAUUCCGAAUUGGAUUAGAUUUGUUUCAAUUGGAUAAUGACAUGACUUCUUCAUCAUCAGUUUGGUAUAAUAUCCAUCCAUGUGAUACGGGUGAUAUCAUUGGUGGUAAAGUGACGGAAAACUAUUUAGAACGAUGGCUGAAUAUAUAUUUGAAAAGAAUCUUCAGUUUAUAA